UGCGACUCAUGUCCCGCCGCAAGGCCGGUCGCACGCCCCGCCGAGUAGACCCCGAACCCACCACCUCCGCCGCCGCCGACUACAUGUCGGACCUCGUCAUUGAUGUGAAGCCGGAGCCGGACGCGCGGCCCCUGCAGGCCCUGGCGCUGGGGCCCUUCUCUCCGCAGGAGGUGUCCAAGCCGGGGCUGCUAGGCGGGGAGCCACGCCACUGCUCGGACCCUGUGCCAGCCGCCGGGGUCGCCUUCCACUCCCUGGGCACGCGGAGCCCGUGGGCCCUCUGGAUGCCGGUGACCCCCAACCCUUCCGACCGCCAGCCCUGGACCGACAAACACCCAGAUCUUUUGACCUGCGGCCGCUGCCUGCAGACCUUCCCGUUGGAGGCCAUCAUCGCGUUCAUGGAUCACAAGAAGCUGGGCUGUCAGCUCCUGCGAGACCCCAUUCCCAGCCAGGUCUCAGAAUCAAAGGAGCUGCAGGCUCUGAGCUGCCUCCGAUGUGGCAGACAGUUCACCGGAGCCUGGAAGCUGCUACGCCACGCCCAGUGGGACCAUGGACUGUCCAUCUACCAGACGGAAUCAGAAGCUCCAGAGGCUCCGCUGCUAGGCCUGGCUGAGGUGGCUGCAGCUGUGUCAGCAGUGGUGGGGUCAGUCCAACCUCCAGUUGAGGACAAGGCCCCCCGUGUGAGCAACACUGCCCGUGGGAGCCCCACCUGCCUUGUGUGCAAUAAGACCCUCAGCUCUUUCAGCAACCUGAAGGUCCACAUGCGCUCACACACAGGUGAGCGGCCCUACGCCUGUGACCAGUGUCCCUAUGCCUGUGCCCAGAGCAGCAAGCUCAACCGCCACAAGAAGACCCACCGGCAGCUGACGCCCCAGAGCCCUGGCACUCCUGCUUCCAGCCCAGAGCAGGGCUCCCCAGCAGCCCCUCCAGAGCCAGCUGCCCAUGCAGCUGCUCCAGCCAGCACCCUCCCUUGCACUGGUGUAGAGAAGGCUGGUGCUGCAGCCACAGCAGGGGUCCAGGAACCCGGGGCUCCUGGCAGUGGGGCUCAGGCAGGCCCAGGUGCUGAUGACUGGGAAGCCAGUACUGACGUACAGAGGACUGACCCUGUAAACAAGAAGACCUCACCCAAAAAGACCCCCAAGUCCAUGGGCAAGAGCCGCGGGACUGGGGGCAGCUGCGAGUUCUGUGGGAAGUACUUCGCCAACAGCAGCAACCUCACAGUGCACCGGCGCUCCCACACUGGAGAGCGGCCCUAUGCCUGCGACCAGUGUCCCUAUGCCUGUGCCCAGAGCAGCAAGCUCAACCGCCACCGCCGCAUGCAUGGCCUGGGGCCUGGCAGCACCCGCUAUGAGUGCCCAUACUGCUAUGUGCCCUUCGGCCUGCGGGCCACACUGGACAAGCACUUGCGGCAGAAGCAUCCAGAGGUGGCCUGAGCUGGCCUGGGCUGUACAGGAAUCCUAUUGUCCUCCCCUGUGUGAAUAAACCAUCUUCCCCUAUUUAA